UUUAUCAAAAAAAUAAAUUCCUUAUUUCUGAUUAAAUUUAAUUUUUUUAGAUAGUGUGAUAAUAUAAACAUAAUUAACGAAAUACUAAAAAAAGAACGUUUAUAAAAUAUUACAAAAAAUAUGAAGUAAAAUAAUCAUUCUUUUGACUCUUUAAAUGAUAGAAAACUCAAUUCGCCUGGUUAACCUUAUAGCCAUGCAGAAUUUCUAAGUAGUAGAAAAGAAAUAAUCUUGCAAAGGAUAACAAAUCAAAAAUAUAAGGAGAGUAAAUAAAAUGAGUCUCCUAUCAAACUUUAAUAAUACUAGGAAUCUUUGAGUUAAUCACCUGGAGAUUAAAAUAUCAAUUUGGAAGGUUCGUAAGAACAAAGGAACUCUUUUAUUGAGUAGGAAGUAACUGAUGCAUAGAUAAAUUAACUUAAGAAUAUUGACAUAAAAAAAUUGCAAGCUUUAAUUCUUAAAAAUAGAAAUGAUGCAAAUAAAUCAUAUUCUAUUUAGAACUUUUAAAGUUUAUUUAUUGAAAUAGGAUUGCUUUAUAACCAAAAUUAGUAAAAGGAAUAGGAAGCUUCUGAAAGAUCGAUUUAAUAUUGCGAGUAACUGUGGAGAGUUAUUUAAUUUUCAAGUAACAGUCCCUUCGCAAAUUCUUAAUUCAUAAAUUAAAUUAUGGCAAUCCUUUUAAACAGAUAGCUCUGCUAAGAAUCUAUGAUAACCCUAGUAUAAAAUGAACUAAUUAAUAAUUUUAAAGUAAGCACUUAACAAAAUGCAGAAGAGUUUAUAAAGUAACUAAAUUAUAGCAAUAUUAAUCUCAAAUAAAUCUUAAAUUAUUUUUACAUACUCAUUCAUACCUAUGAAUUAAAUGAACACAUUUUAUAAAACUAAGCUUCUCCUACUAAAAACAAUAAUAAUACAAUGAAUAUUUAUGAUAAAAAUAAGAAGAACACUCGACAUGAAAAGCUUUUUUAGCAUGCAGAAUUAUUAAAUUAAAAAAGAAAUACUUUCUCAUUAUUAAAGUAAAAGGAAGAACUUGACUCUUGCACAUUUUAACCUAUAAUAAAUUAUAAUUAGUAAAAUUUAAUGUCACCAAAAUACCAAAAAAUACUUCAAACAAAUGUCCAUGAUAGACUGUAUCAAAAUGCUCAGGAAAUCAAAAAAUCUUAAGAAGAAAUUUAACAAUAAAGGGAAAAAUAAAAAGAAGAAGAAAUGUAACAAUACUCUUUUCACCCAUAAAUUACAAAAUUAGAUCAUAUUGAUCAUUGUAAUCAAGAUAAAAAAAAUAUUAUUGAUUAUGUUCCUGGUGCAAAAACUCAGCUUGAGAGAUUGGCCAAGGCAAGACGUAUCAAAACUGAGAAGGAUUAAUUCUGGGAUAAGCAGAUGUAACAAUACAGAGAAAAAGGGGUCAAGACCAAUCCUACAAAAACUCAAGAAUUUAGCUUUAUGAAUAGAAUUCCCUUGAAAAGAGAACCUAUCAUGUAUUUAGAUGUCAAUAUUACAACUAGUAAGAAAGGCAGAAUUGCCCUCUAUAAAGGUGAUGAUUAUAAAAAAGUUGCUAGAGACUUUGCUUAAAUAUAUAGGCUUAACUAAGAAGCACUUUAAGAACUUGAAGAAAGAGUUUAUUAGGCAAUUCACAUAUAUUAUUCAUAGUUUGCUUGA